CAGGGAUAAAGAAGGGGACGAGAAAAACGCGUCCAGGAUUCUUCCCACCCUUACUAGGACGUCCGGAAGGGCGGCCUUUUACCGCCAAAUCUUCAGGCUCGAGGAAACGAAACAGCCUCCUGUGAGACCGCCCUCCCCCAGUGCCACCUCCUCCUCGACCACACGGUUUCCCCUGUGCCGCUGCCGGUGUGCACGUGCCCCCGGAUGGAGCAGUCGCUGCUGCCCUACGAGAUGCUGCCGGAGGGGAUGAACAUGGACGAGAUGCCCCGGAGCACCUGCACGACGGUGCAGGUGGAGGAGGAGCAGCUGCCUCCCCGAGACCACCUGGUCUGGUCCUUCUGCACUGCCCUGUACGGCAACAUCUUCUGCCUCGGGCUCCUGGCGUUCUUCUUCUCUGUCAAGUCCAGGGACCGCAAACUGCUGGGUGACCACAGCGGGGCCCUGAGCUACGGCUCCACGGCCAAGUGCCUGAACAUCACGGCCCUGGUACUCAACAUCAUCGUCACCGUGAUCGUCAUCCUCGUCGUGGUCUUGGUGGUGAAAGCCUACUACUACCACCAAUACCACACUUAGCAACUCCUUGCUCCACGGGCAGUGAGCUCCCCUCACCCCUCAGGGCCAGAGGGUGCCCACUGGGGUCCUGUGCCGCUUUCCUCUUUGCUCAAAACUGUUCUUGAGCCCUUGCUGACGCUGGAAGUGCCUGGGGAUGGACACCCCUCCUGAGCACCCCCGAAAGGGUUGUGACCUCUUUGCUGCUUUGCUCUGCGUUUGAAGCCCCAGCUGACUCAAAACAAUCCCCAGGAGAAGCACCUUGUUUGGAGAAA